AUGGACUGGUUGGUCAAGCAUUGUGUCAGUUUGGACUGUACGACUAAGAGGGUCGUAUUGAGAACUGAAGGGGGCAAUGAAGUAGUUGUGAUUGCGGAACGUCAAAAUUACUUGGCUAACGUGAUCUCUGCACUGGUAGUUGAGAAACUUGUUCGCAAGGGAUGUGAGGUGUAUUUGGCCUACGUAAGUGUUUCCGCUUCUGAGGACUCUACUGUUAAGGACAUUAGAACUGUGAGGGAUUUUUCGGACGUCUUUCUUAAGGAGCUACUGGGUUUACCUCUGAAUCGGGAAGUGGAGUUUGGGAUUGAGCUUCUUCCUGGUACAGUUUUGGUGUCUAUCGCUCCCUAUCGAAUGGCACCAAAGGAGCUUAGAGAGCUCAGGGCUCAAAUUCAGAAGUUAUUGGAUAUAGUAACAUUUCUGGGUCAUGUGGUGUCUGCUGAGGGGAUUCGAGUCGAUCCUCAAAAAAUUGAGGUUGUAUUAGACAGGAAGCAGCCUAAGAAUGUGUCUGAGAUCUGCAGCUUUUUGGGGCUGGCAGGUUAUUACCGACGGUUUGUGGAAGGGUUUUCAUUGAUCGCAACACCCUUGACUAAGCUGUUACGUAAAGGUGUACUGUUUGAUUCGAUUAAUGCACAACAAGAGAGCUUUGAGAAGCUUAAGACUGUCCUGACUGAGGCUCCUGUUUUGGUACAGUGUGAACCUGGAAAGGAGUUCACGAUUUAUAGUGAUGCAUCACAUAAAUUAGCUAAGCUCUACAUAUUGAAAAUAGUGAGACUGCAUGGGGUACCUGUCUUGAUCAUUUUCGAUCGGUAUCUUCGUUUCAAGUUUCGAUUCUGGAAGAAGCUUUAUGAGGCUCUGGGUUCAGUAUUGCUUUCCAUCCUCAGACAGUUGGUCAGUCGGAGAGGUGGGGAGAAGUACUUGUCGUUAGCGGAGUUUGCCUACAAUAAUAGCUUACAGUCUAGCAUCCAUAUGGAACUUUACGAGGCACUGUACGGUUGUAAGUGUCGUAGUCCUUUAAGUUGGACUGAGUUGGGCGAGCGACGUGUUCUAGGUCCUGAGUUGGUCUCUAAGACAGAGGAUAAGAGCUACUGCUCUGAUCCCACACAUGUUGUUUCUAUUGAGGAGAUUGAGGUUAGGCCAGACUUGACCUUCAAGGAGGAGCCGGUUCAGAUUCUGAAGCAUGAUAUAAAGGUCCUUCGGAAAAAGUCUAUUCCCUUAGUGAAGGUUUUGUGGCGUAAUCAUAGCACUGAGGAGGCCACGAUUUUUACUCUGGACAUUGGUAUGUCCAGAGGCAGUCAAGUUGUUGGCGCCGUUUCUGGGGAGGCAACCUCACUAUAUUAG